AUGCGUGGGGCGACGACGCGGUGGCUCUGCCAGAGGAGUAACGCGUCAUUCGUUGCGAAGAGUGGGGCCGUGGCUUCGGCUGGUCACACUGGCGCGGCGGCGGCGGCGGCAGCAGCGGCGUCCUCUUGCUGUUCAGCUCCUUCAACGAGUAACAACAGCGGCGGUCUUGUCUCCCUGCCGCAUCCCACUCAGUUGGAGCCCUUGGCGUUCCGCGGCGAGGCGUGGCGGCGUGCCGUAUGCCAACUGUACCGCGCCAUAUUAAAGCUGCAUGUAACACGACUACUGCCUGUCCAGCGCGAGUUCGGUGACCACUUCGUACAGGUGGAGUUCCAGCGGCAUGUGGACGCGACGGAGAAGCACGCACGCAUCUUCUACGCGUCGUGGUACGGGUAUGUGGCGCAGCUUGAGAUGGGGCAGACGUCGCGCGAGCUGACAGAGGAGGAGAGGCGGCAAUUGACGCCGGAGCAGAAGGAAACACUGCGCGAACUGCGGAGUCAUGUGGCGCAAGCGCGUCAGACAGACCCGGACUUCAUGUUGUGA